AUGGCAGUACAAAAGUACUACUUGUGUUCAAGUCUAGUGCAGCGUUCACCUGACUCUUCAGUGCUUAAAAAUAUAUCUGAACCCUUAGAACAAGACAUUGAAGGACCAAGCUCCUCAAAAAAUGAUUCUGAUUUGGAAGGUAUGUCAAAUGAGCCAAAAUGCUUUUCCCAAAAUGAGUUAGAUGAUCUUGUAAGAGAUUUAAAUCUUUCUAAACAAGCUUCAGAAUUGUUAGCAUCAAGACUGAAAGAAAAAAAUUUGCUUUCCUCAGAUACUAAAAUAAGUUUUUAUCGUGAAAGAGAUAAAGAAUUACCGCGUUAUUUUUCCGAAGAAAACGGUACUACCUUUUAUUGA